CAAUGAUGAAGCUGCCAUAACUCGAAGACGACGUGAUUGCAAAGCGGAACAUCAUUUCGAUCAAUAUGAAACACUGUCCUUGCUUACUUUUCUUAAUGAAAGCCAAUCUGCUCAUUCACCAUCUCCCAGCCAUCUGUCAAAUGGCCGCGUAAAUUCCUGUGGCUGGCGCCCUGUCCACUUUGGAGCCCGUCAACACUCGGCACUCCACCUUUCAUUCUGUUCUCGACUCUUUGCACAACAAUAAUCAAUGCCUUGCACGAACUCGACUUGACGUUGGGCGAGCUUGUACAUAUCGAAACGACCAACGGCUUACCUCCCCUUCCGGCUCGACGCCAUGCCUUUGUAACAUCGACGUCAACAGCACCCUCAAUCUCACCACCACCUCAGCCGCGAAUGCCGCAGUCCUAGCCUCGACCCCGCCUGCGUUCCAGCAGUCCUGAAAACAAACACCGCAGGCAGGCUUUGCAAUACAGCUCCUCUCAAAGAUGGCCACCAAGUCGAGAGCCGUGAAUGCUGCCCACACGGCUGGGAUCUUCGCCGAUAUGUCCCUCGAUGGGCCCGAGAUCGGAACCCUGGUGGCCGUUGUUGACAGAGCAAAGAACCUCCCCAACCGGAAGACAAUGGGUAAACAAGAUCCCUACUGCGCCAUGCGACUGGGCAAAGAAGCAAAGAAGACCGACACAGACAGAAGAGGUGGACAGACACCUAGAUGGGACCAAGAACUCCGGUUCAACGUUCAUGACUGCCCCGACUAUUACAAACUCAAGUGUUCAGUCUUCAACGACGAUAAAAAGACAGAUCUGAUCGGCGAAGCCUGGAUCGACCUUCGAGAAGUCAUUUUGCCUGGGGGCGGAAAGAACGACCUGUGGCACCAAUUGAACUUCAAGGGAAAAUAUGCUGGAGAAAUUCGGGUAGAGUUAACAUACUACGACUCGAGGCCGAAGCCAGAAGUGUCCGCGGAGAGGAGGAAGCAGAGGGAAAAGUCUCAAUCUAUCACUAGUGACGUUCAAAAUAGCUUUUCAGGCUCCCGACAGCUUGGGCCGAGGGAGAUCAAGAGACGGCCGCUUCCACCUGGCCCAGGUGGCUACUCCUCUCCAGUCUCAGUUGCCCAUACUCCCGACUAUUUACCUUCGGAGGAACCGGACAACACGUGGACUGGGCAGGACCAUGGACAGAGCCAUGCUCCGCCGAGACCGCCAAAGCAGCUAAUGCCCGAAACACCAGAUGAUGUCGGCUACAGUUUGCAGUCUCAUUAUACACCGGAGUCAUAUGGGCCACCCGAACCAGACCCAUACGAUCUAUCACUGCCGCCCCUACGUCCUCCAAAAGAGCAGCAACGCCCUUCUAGUGACUACUACAACCAACCUCAAAGACAUUCAUCCCGACACGAUACUCCCAACUACUAUACAGCGGAGGAAUAUAGAGAACGACCACUCCCUCCGACGCAGCCGCCCAACCCAUAUGUCACUGGAGAAUCACCUCAGCCAGAACCUGACCGGCUACCUAGCCCUCGGUCGCCCUUCAACAAUACGCCCGACCAAACGCCAUAUCACUCUUCUCCGCCAAACAGAAUAACGCCUCAAGCCACUCCACCACGACCGGUACAGGGUCAACCCUGGCAGGGUAGGGGGAGCACAUCACCAACCAAGCAUGCGGUGUAUAGAGACAGCCCACUGCGGCAUUCCAUCAGUCAGCACGAGACGCCUCAUCCAGAGUACAGUUAUCCGGAUCCGAGGUUUGACGAGGAGGAUGCCCCACCACCGCCACCACCAGCUCACCGUGGCCCGGUGUCCAGGAUGCCUAUGCUCGCAACAUCGUCGUCCUUCUCCGGUUCAAGUGGUCAACCGUCACCGCGAACUCCGGUCAAGUACGAUUCUGUGGAGGAGAGAAGCCCGCUUCAACGGCUCGAGCAGUACGAUCCGUACUCGUCUCCAUACUCACGAGAAUUGCCUGUUCAAUCUGCUAUGCCGCAUCCAUCACAAAGGAGUCCACGGGACAGCUACAUGCAUCCUCAACCACCACCACCGCACAGAACACUGGAUGAGAGAUAUGAAGCAUAUGCACUGCCUUCGAAUGAAAGAGGGCAACCUUUCAAUGACAAUACAGCAUGGCGGCGGCCAACAUCCUCUGGCAAUAACGCACCGCCGUUCAAUGACUCUCCGGGUCGUAGUCCGGCUGACCAGCGAUUUGGCGAAAUGCCCCAAGACGAUCUUCGACGCUCGAUUGGUUAUGGUCCUCCGAGAAGAGCACAGACAUUUGACGAUUACGGAAAUUACGAUGAGAGGCAGCAACGCAGGUCUGAGCCAGUUAUCGUACGCCCACGAGCCAUCAGUCCUAAUCCUGCCCGCAAUAUACCGCGCAAGUCAAUCACUCCCACGCCUACAACACCAGAAGACCAGAGACAAAUCAGUGGAAUGCCCUUUGGACCUGAUGCGUAUGACGUGCUCAACCCUGGGACGAGCCCUAUAGGCGAAGAUGGUCUGUCAGAUGCAGCGAGAGAGGCUAGCCGGCAGAUCGAGGUCGACAAAAUGAGGGACCAGGGACCGAUCAUCGGCAAUGAUGGCAGAGUUAUUGAUCCUUCUGAUCACCUUCCCGCUGAUACGUGGGCUCCUGAGCCAGAGAGAAAGAACCGACAGCCAGAACACGUUAUCAGGAUCCGGACAAGGGAAGAAGCGCGGAUGCAACAGGCAGCAGGCUCAUCCCCCCUUUCUGUGAGACCUCAUUCCAUUGCAACCUCGCCCUACCAGGCUUCACCUAGUGCUGGAGCAUCUCCCCCGUUUCACAUUUCGCCGACUGCAGCUGGAGCUGAGCCAUCUCCUCGAGGGGAUGCAGGGGGCGGGCGAAACAGACUCAAGAAGCCGAUGCCUGCUCGGCCGCUGCCAGCACAACCAUAUUCUCAUGCCCAGACCAGUCCUGCGGUGAUGACUACGUCCACAAAUAAUGCUAAUGCCAGGCCCAGUCCGCCAACUCAGCGGUAUACGAUUCAUUCGUCUCCUACCGGGCCGACACAACGUCCUCCGUUGUCGGAAUACCAGGUUCCUGCCAUGAAUGACUACAGUCCGCGAGCUGCACCCGAACCUCAACUUUAUCCGCCCACUUCGACACAAGUACCUCAUCACAGCCUGAGCAACUCAAUGGACUAUGGCCCAUAUGGUCGAGAUAACUCGCUUGCUCUGGAGCUAAGCACCAUCGAUAUUGGUCCUUCGAGAAAGACUGCGCUGAGGCCCAUCCGUGGUUAUGGCGCGUAUUAGGACGCCUUUCUUGAUGAGUACAUACACACGCAUUUCCAGGAGUCCGGUGGGUGGGCUAUGGUGGCUUUCGUGGCUUCCGUGGCUAGCCAACGAUCGUGAUAAUAUUGCGCUCGCACAUAGAUAUAUACGCACAGAACAGCGCAUUUGCAUGUACAUGAUUCGCAUAGUGCAAAGUGAGCGGAGUACGGAGUACUCUCACAAGUAAUAAUAUGCAGAACCUGAA